UAUUAGUUAAUGUCAGUGAAUCACUGCCUAUUAUUGACUAUUAGAGAGAAAGAGAAGAUAAACCGAGGGUUGCCUUCUGUCAUUUAUAGGGAAUCACCUUUACCGAUUAGUAUUCUUCGACAGGUCUAACGUCCACGACGGUCAGACGGAACGCAUCCGUUCUUUGAAACACGCUAAUUGUUACAAGUUAAUAUAGUUAAUUCAGUGAAAUAGUGAUUGCCAUUUUAGAAUUCGAAAAUGUAACAUAAACGAAUCGAGUAUAAAAAUGAAUCGGAGAAUUAAGAGUUAGAUAAAUAAAUAGAUAAAAACGAGUGUGUGUAGAAUAGAUAGAAUUGCACAUUCGAAUCAUGCAGCAUAUGAACGUUGUUGCAGACAUGCCGCCGGUUCCUCCUCGAAGGAAGAAGAAAUUGAGAUCGAAAAUGCCUACGAUUAUCAUAAAUUCGCCUGAGGAAACGUCGAUACGUUUCAAAGCGAAACGCAUGGCUCCUCCACCGCCACCGCCUCGAAGACUGAAGUCCAACGUCGUGAAAACUGAACGGAAGAAGAAAGAGACGAAAGACAAAGAAGAGAUGAUCGAGAGUUCGAAAGUCAGCGAAGUUUGUGAAUCUAAGGAAAGCGAGAAUUUGAAUACUAAUUCUACUAUGAAUUCGAUGGACAAGCCUCUCUUCGUGUUUGAGACGUUGCUGAAGAAAGACAGUAACAAGUAUCCACCAUUAUUUUUCACUCUGAACGAUUUUCAAAAUGUAAUUGUAUCCGAACCCAGUGUUGAACAGUGUCAGGAAGAUCCUAAAGAAUCAGAAGAGGAAGAUAAAAAUUCUAUUCAAGAAAACUGCAACGAGCUAUUUUUAGAUUGUUCAGCAACUUCUUAUCAAGAAUCAUCAGAGAAGUUGAAUGAUUUGGAUGAUCCUGAAGAGAAUUCAGGGCAAUUUUCAGACAUCAGUGCUUAUAAAUCUAUUGAAGAAUCCUUAAAAGAAGAAUCGUUCGACGAUCGAUCUCUUCAAGAUUCUUCAAACCAGGAAUCCUUCAAAGAAGAAGAAUCUUCCGAGAGUCUAAAAUCAUCGAUAGAUGAUUCGUUCCAAGAAGACUCGUACAAAAAUACAGAGAACACUGGAUUCGUGCAAGAAUCAAUCGGAAAAUCGUUGGAAGAGUCGUUCAGUCAAUUUUUCGAACAAUCAUUCGCAAAUUCGUUAGAAGACGAAGAGAACGAUCUUUGUUUUCGCGUCACCACCACGAAUCUCCCGUUCGGAAAAUGUUUGGACAGGUUCAGGGAAAGUUACGAAGAAGCAAAUCACUUCAUCUUUGAAAAUUAUAUGGACAGGAGUAACAGAGUUAAUAUUAGGCGAUCCGCGGGUCCUAUGAAUUACGACAGUUUUAAUGAGAAUUUUCAAGAAUCCGAGGAACCCUCUCCCGUGUCACGAUUCACCAAAGUCAGGUUCAUAAUAGAAUCUCCUAGUUCCUCGACCAUCGACUACAGCUUAGAUAAUAACGAUUUGUACGACACUAAUUCGUACAUGAAUAAUGAUGGUGAAGCUUCGAACGAUAGUUUACAGAAUAUAGAACCCAUAGAAGACGAAGAGCAAGUGUUUAAUCACGAACCUUCAAUAUUAACAGAUAUCACGACAGAUAAAGACAUGGAAACUGUUGUUGAUGAUUCAGAUGAUAUGCAAGCUUUAGUCAAUGAAGAAAUAGAUUGGAGUUAUAGAAUUAAUUCAGUGAUAUUGACUGAGAUCACCGACGAUACGGACUUAGAUAAAGUUUUUGACGGAGGAUUUAAUAAAAAUAUUGAUAUUCUAACAAAUACUGAAGAUUUAGUACAGAAGAGCUUGUCACAUGAAAAAGAAAUCGAGGAUAUUAAAGAAGAUCAUACUAAUUGUAGUUCUAAUGAAAAUAUCGAUAACAAAUCGAUGGAAAAUGUUGAAAAUGAUUCUGAAGACUGUCAGGAAGGCAGUAAUAGAGAAUCGUUCAUACUUGAAGACGUAAGCAAGAGUUUCGAUGAGAAGAUCAAACAAACAGUGGAACAAUCGUUAGACAAACUCGAAGAAGAUAAAGAAUCGAGUACAGAACCCAAGAAUAAUAAUAAUAAAACGGAAUUUGAAUCGAUUGAGAAUAAAAUUGAUAUUGUUGAAGAAAAUACAGCAAAUAUUAAUGAAAAUUCAGCGAUCGGAGGAACAAUUCAGAAUGAAGAGUUAAUAACAACAAAAGAGAAAAGCGUUAAUAAAAAUUGUAAUCGAGAACAUAAAAGGAAGUUCCUAGAAAGUGAUUCCUUUCGAAAUCGAGUUACUAAAUGCGAGCUAGAAGAAAAGAUUGAAAGCACUCCGACAUCAACCGAGGAGUGUUUUGAAAACAGAAAACGGGAAAGUAUUAGCAUUCCAGUUAACAUCAGAAGAAACUCUUUCCUGGAGAACAUGUUAUCGGACAGUUCCGACAUAUGGAGAAGCUGUGAAGUGGUCACCGAUGACACAAAAUCGCUAGAACUGUGUACGAAAUUAAUUUCAGAUGAGGUAGACGAAAAGAAACUCCAGGAGUCUAAAAUUAUGAACGGUUUUAAAUCAACGACAGAGGAGCUUUCUAGGAAGGCUACGCCAUCGAGGAGAACCGUUCAGGUAAAUGAAAAAUCGACUGGUGAAGUGAAAUGCAACGUCUUAAACGAGUUACUGUCAAACUUCGAUAAAAUCAAGUUGAAGCCAGUGAGCCAGGAUAGAGAAUGCAAAAAAGGAGUAAAAACAGGGAAAAUUAUAAUUAUCGAAGAAAAUAAAGUAGAUAAUCAGAAGGAGACUGUAUUAAACAGUGAAGAAGGUAGAAAUAUUGAAAACGAUCAAGAGAUUGCGUUAAACACUGACGAUGGACUAAAAAAUAUUGAGAAUGCUAUAGUCAGUAACGAUACUGAAAAUGCUGUGUUAAAUGAUAAAAACACUGAGAAGAAAACUAUACUAUAUAGUGAAAAGACUGACAUAAUAAAAGGCGAUUUAAUGAAUAAUUUGCCUAGUAAUUCGUGUAACAAGUCGCCUAAUGAUUUGCCAAACGACUUACCUAAUCAAGAUUUAAAGUUAAUUAGCACGGGAAUUAAUAAAGCCGAUAAUAAUGAUAAUAGUAAUAACAAUAGAGAGGAGAACGAUAGUGCCAUAAUUAGUAAAUUAACGAGCUCUGGGUCCCACGAUUGUAAUGGCGAUUGUAAUUAUGACAAUAACGGGACCGCGACACCCAUAGGAAUUCUAAAUAAGGACCAAGCCGUAGUGACACCCGGUAAAGUUAGGAAAUUCGUAAACUAUUACGAGAUACGACGAGAGACGACGAUUAACAAUGACUCUACGGUUAGAAACAGUAUAAACAGUAAUACUAGAGUAGAUAAAGUAGUCCCAGGGCAUCAAUCAGUAUUUAGUAUACGUAGGAGUUUGGAAUUGAAAGAGACUGUGAAGAACGAACCACCGAGAUCGUUGAAAUCAUUAAAGGAAUAUAAUCAUUAUAGCGAGGGGUCGAUUGAUUUUAUGAUAAACAGAAAUAAAUUUAGUAUCGAUGAUAAUAGUAACGCGGACCUUAAUAGUGGAAUGGCCUAUAUUAGUAUUAAGAAGGGCGAGACCAAUGUUAACGACGAGGAAACCAAUAAUAGUGAAACGAUAGUUCAAGCGAAAUCGUUGAACGACGAUGUCAAUUGUCAGAUUAACACGCAAAUAGUAGUGACAAACGAAUUUGAUCAAUUAAUCGAAUCGAGGACGUGCGAGAUCGUGGACCACAAGAUUGGAAUUGAUAACGAUAGUGAUAUAAUUACUGAUAACUUUAGAGAAGACCAUCAGGCAAAUACACAGAUUAAAAAGAAGAAAUCCGUGAAAUUCGAGAACGGAUUUACUAUUAUUGGUGCUAAAAGUCCUAACAAAAAUGUAGACGAAGGUGAUGGGAAGAAUAAAGGGAAAUCUAAUAAUAUACCGAAGAACAAGAAGAAGAAGAAGGCUCCGGUUAAGCCAACGUUGAAGACCAGCUGCCUAGGGAUGAAAAUCGAUUUGAAAAGAAAGGACAGAACGACUGAGGAAUCCUCGAAUGUUAAAGAGGAUCGAACGGAGCAGAAAGAAACCACUACCCUUCAGAUACAGAGCACAACAAUACUAAACGAAGAGUACUAUUCAGUUGAAGAGAGAUCGAAUUCACCGCAAACACCGAAGAACGAAGGAAAAAGUGUUAGAAAGCAAUUCUCCAAGAGUAAAGAAUUCCAACUAGACUCGUUAUCUUUUAAAAUAAAUGAGAAAGAGAGAAAGAAAGAAGAAGAGAUUAAGGAGAGACCUCAAGAUGCCAUAAAUCAAAGUGCAGUUGAGGAAGAAAGGCCCAGAAUGGGCUCCAACCUCAGUCGACAUAACUCGAAAGGCCUGAAUGGUCGUAGGACGCAGUCCUCCGGGAACUUGUGCGACUCGAAAGGGAAACUGAACAGUAUGGGGAAGAUGCUGGUUCCUUGUUCCAGCGGGCAAAGGGAGAGGUACAAGCUUUGUGGCUCGCUUCCGAAUCAUUUGGACGAUAAGAUCAACAUCGAGGAUGAUAAUCUGAAGGAGAAUAAUAAUAUAAUGACCGACACGCUGAGCGGGAACCUCGGUGGCACUCUACCGAAUAAGAAACGGUCGGUCGGUGUUCAUUUCAUGGAUCACGGAUCGUUGGAUCUCGUUCAACACAGGUCACAGGACGAUUUGGACGAGAACGAUCCCUGGAGGUAUCAUCAGAGCGACUUGGACCUCUUGAAACCGCGCCGAGCCAGCUCUACCUCCAACAGGAGGAAGACUCCGAACGUGGACUCAGUUUCGACCACGGAUUCGUUCAAAAAAUACAAGAGCCCACCUCGAAACUUCUCGGAGACUUCGAACUCGCUUAAAUAUCAGAGAAGCUCGACUUUAGAAAGAACCCCGAAGACUUUCGACAUGAAUUUGGAUUUCGAUCUGGUCGGAACGAUCCCGAAGAGGAAGAACGAGGAGAAGAGCGAGGAGAAGGAAUUGCCGAAGGAAGAUGAAAAUUUAUCGAUUCAAGAUAGCGAUUUGUUGAUGAAAAUAGGUCACAAACCAGACUGUGAAUUAGUCAAGCACAGGCAGCAAUUAAGUAAUAGUAGUAAGGGUAAGUUGAUGGUGAAUAAAUCAUUGGAUUUGAGGAUAAAUAAAUUAAUUAGUAAAGAAACUCAAGAUCAAGGAUAUGCUUCUGAGAAAUCACCGGAAGAGGAGCAUCUGCCGUCUCUGCCUGGAGAAGGCUUCCCUAACAUCACUCCGGAGAGCACGUUCAGAGUCACUUUACAGAAGAGUAGCAGAGGAUUGGGUUUGAGCGUUUCUGGCGGUGGGACUGCCGGCCCAGUCAGGGUGAAGAGAUUGUUUCCACAACAACCAGCUGCUUUGAGCAAUAAAUUACAACCUGGCGAUAUCCUGCUAGCUGCCAAUGGAAUUCCGUUAACUGGCCUGACUAACUACGAGGCUCUGGAAGUAUUAAGGACGACGCCUAGCACCGUCGAAUUGGUGGUGUGUCGACUUCCGGGAGAAAAUGGCAACGUUCCGCCUCCUGUGGCACCUCCACCGCCGCCCAGACGAGAGAAUUUACCGCUGAAUCCUCUGCCACCACUUCAAAUCGAACCCUGCGGAGAAUUCGACAUAGAGAUGACUAAAGUAGGCGGGAGUCUCGGGUUCACUCUUCGGAAAACUGAUAGCAGCGCGUUGGGUCAUUACGUCAGGGCAUUGGUACGAGAGCCAGCUUUAAGCGACGGGAGAAUAAAGCCAGGAGACAAGAUAGUAGCCGUCGAUGGGGCUCCAUUAUCCCCGAUGAGUCACGCGGAAGCAGUUCGGCUGCUCAGACAGUGUGGGCCCACAGUUAAAUUGAGAUUGUACAGAGACAUGGGCCAGACGCCCGUAGCUGCGUUAAGUCCUACCGAGGAUUACCCUUCCAAAACGUGUCUGAGACAAGAGGCUGUGGACAUGUUGUGCGACUUAGCAGUUAGGAAACUGUCUCCUGGAGCUUCGACAGGCUCGAGUUGCAAACAGGCAGCUACGACAUCCAGUAAUUCGCCAAGAAAAGUUCGUCGCCUGACCACUAAAACUCCGGACAGCGAGCCAGAUUCCUUGGAGCAGCGAGUGAGUCUGAAAACAGCCUCAACGUCGAAUCAAUCGUCUUCUGACUUCGAUCAGUGUUCGAUAAGAACUCAGGUUACCGUGAACUCUCAAGCGACUACACCUGGAACUGAUAUAAUAGAUCCUCCACUCCUCUACCACGUUUCCGAUUCUUCCGAUUCCUUGAAAACUCCAAUUCCAAAGAAGAGACCCAGCUUCUUGAACCUGAGCGCUCCACAAGACAAACCGAACUACCAAUUCUUAUCCACUAGCGAUGCUAAUAAGAAGAAACAGACUAAAGAGAAUGCUACUACUGAAAUCGAAAAAAAUGAAGAGGCUGAGAAUGUCGAAGAUGAAAAUGAAGGAACUAAGUACUUAGAAGAGGAGAGUGAAGAAAGUGAAUGUGUAGAAGAAGACGAAUCCAAUGUUACUUAUAAUAAAGUUACGAAGAAAGAGUUUAAGGUGAUCGAACCGAAAGAAUUUAUUAAAGAAGAAGAAAGCAGCGAAUUUCCCUCGGAGCCAGCCUCCAUGCCGCCGUUAUUGAAUUCCGCUAACGGAGUUGGAUUCAGUUACAAGAAUCCGGCUUAUCAAAGCGCUAAUCCAGCUGUCGGAGGCAGCACUGGAAGUAACGCCGCAGAGGGAAAGGGCAAACAUUGCAGCGAUCAGGAUAUACCAGGAAAAGUCUUGGGGACUGAAGAUCCGGGCGGUAGCAAGGGACUGUUGAAAUGGAAAGGUGUAAUGUUCGCUCCCGAUGAUGAAGGGAAUAAGAAAGAAGAGAAGGGGAAUGAAGAGAAGAAACAGGAAGUGGAUACCACGGAUUCAGCUAAGAUCAAGACCGACGAGAACCUUGAACAGGGAACUAAGGUGUUCAUGGUGGAACUAACAAGGGGCUGGAACAGCCGUCUAGGUUUCAGCCUCCAGUCUGAAGGAAAUCGCACAGUUAUAUCCGUGGUCCACCCUGACAGCGUGGCUUCUAAAGACGGAAGAUUAAAACAGGGCGACGUCCUAAUGAUGGUGAACGACGAGACCGUGGAGGACAUGUCAACGGCAGACAUAAUUGAUUUGUUAAGGAAAAUUAGAGGAUCUAUCGGAAUAACAGUUAUGCGGCGCAAUAGAAGGGAGACAAGUUAGUUAAAAUAGUAUUUUACCUUAGAUAUAUAAACAAUAAGAGACUAGUCACUAUUUAAAAACAACAGAAAAUUAUACAAUCAGUUAAAGAGCAAUUAAAAACAGACAAGACAUAUUGACGUACUUACGCGUAUAUAUAAAAAUCACGAUAAAUCUCAAAUUAAAAGAAAGGAAAUAUAUUAGAAAGAAAGACAAGACUAAUUAAGAAACGAUGUUUGCCUAAUUACGGAAGAAUUCUAAUUAUGAAGUUAAAGAGUAAUUAUGUACAUAUAUACUGUCAUUAUUUCUGCCUAAUUAGAAAUAAAGUUCUCUCGAUUACAAUAAUUUACGAAUGUAUAUAAAUACUAUUACUUGAUUAGAAAGCUAUUUUUGCCUAUUUAAGGAGACUACAUCCGCCUAUCAUUAUAUAUGUACAUAUUUAUUUACUGGUAGAUAAUCAAGUGCAAUAUUUAUUGAAGUUCUGAUGAACGAUUAAAUGAAUCUUUUAUAUAUAUAAUUGCAGUUGUGUAUAUUGUAAAUACGUACAUACGUGAAAUUUAUUUAUUGAUAAUAGCAGAAAAUGGAAGCCUUAAACGAGCUGUGGUGGUCUAAUUUAUUAAUAAUAUCAUCAUUAAGUAAAUAAAUAUAUACUUAAAUAAUUUCAAAACUAUAUUUGAGGCAAGAGAAAAAUAGUUCCAAAUAAUAAUUAAAGAUGAUAUAUAAAAAGAUCGUA